GACAUUAAUUUGAAGCGACAACAAAUCCAACAGCGAUUUAUUUUUACAGACAAUUUGCCAAAUUGUCUGAUACACACUUCACAUGCUAUAUACUGUAGUUGAAAAUAUACGCAUGUGGCAGAGUACGAACGAGUGAGAACUCAUUGUCUGGAAAAUACGAUAUAAAACUUCCGCUGUGUGAAUUUGCUUCUCAAUAGACGAUCUUUGAUAGUCACCGAGUGUGGGUUUUGGUACUUAUAAGAAGCAUAGGUGUUUCAACUAAAGUAUGUUCUCUUUGAUCAGCUUUAAAGCUCUUGACUACGCUUUCGAGACCAGAAACCGUCGGAAGGUGUUGAUGGACUUGUUGGCGCUACCCACGCCCAACAUAGGUGACGGUGUUAAUCUGACGGAGGUCACGUACACAAAGCCAUGGGUCAGAGGGAAGGCGCUUUACACCUCGCUCAGCACUUCUGUCAUGGACGAUCUCAGAGGAACCACACAACACAUCAACUCAACAGAAAAAUACCUUGACCCUUGGAGUAUGAAGGACACGAUGGAGAUUGUAGAGAGUUGUCCCUCCGACUCAUUUGAGCGUCUUCACCAGAGUAAACAGUUGAAGCUUUCCUAUCCAUGUGAGGAAUCCUUUUUCAAGUUACCUGAGCAGAUUGAUCCUGCAACUAAAGACAAAGAUCUUUUCCUGCUGGAAGAGAUCAUGGCUCCCGAUUUCCUCCCACAAUUUAGACACCAUUUGCCCACCUUGAAGAGCAAAGUGUCCCGGCUGAAGACCCUGCUGGUGGCCGACCCGCUCAUUAACCGGAGCGGAGACUUUGUCACCGAGGAAACAAUACUCAGCUACUGUGCACCUUUUGAGUGGCUCAAGGAUGGGCGGCACAAAGCAGACAUCACUGAAGAGUUUACCAAAGAGCCCCUGAUGGCAAACGAGUCGUUGCUGUUACCUGAGGUUCUGGACGACUGCAAGAUAACCGCCGACUAUCCCAGCAGCUUUUCAAGCCUUUGUAGUUGUUUGAAUGUUGUUGCUGAACAACUAGUUGAGCAACUUCCUGACCUGGAGGCGCUGAAUAAAGACGAAUCAGCAUCAGUGGACUUUUCACAACUUUCAUCAGUGUCGACGACCAGCAAAGGAAACUGGAUGAAGGACACACACCCUUCUGAUUGGAAUACAAAACACUCAGAAUGGACGACGCUUCCGACCGACAUGGAACUGGAGGUGACUCUGACUCCACCUACCACCGCCACUAGUCACUAUCACGCCUGUCAGAGCAUUUGUGACCUCCGGAAGGAAGAACUGUCUUUACUGGACACACUAUCUUUGGUGUCAGCAGGAGCUCAGAAGCAAAUGGAAGCGUCGCUUUGGAUGGUCGAGAAGUAUCCAAACUAUGUGCUAAGGUUCUUGUUUGCAGAACCUGAAGUAAUAGAAGCCACCAUUGACUUCCAGCCGCUGAGCGAAGCCUUGAAGUUGACAACCUUGAAAAGUGUGCUUCCAGAAACGGACACUCGGCCGUUGUUGGGCAACAUGCGGGAGUUACCCGAGAGGCUGAACACUGAAGCUCCUUCUCAUGAGGAGGCCCACAUGAUGGAAGAAUUUAACCUGUCACCGGAACCUGAUGGAGAGUACUGCUUACAAAGUGCUUCACCAAACCUCAAUGAGUGUACAAUUGUAGCAGACACGGUCCAAAAGCAAACCAGUGCUGAGUUCUCCCAUAAAACACUCCCUCUUGACACAAAGGAAGUCAAACUUUCAACAAGCACCAAUGACAGAAAAGCAAACAAGGUCUUUUUCCAAGUCCCAUCCAUAACUUCUACUGAAAAGAUGACUGGCAACAUCAAAAGCCAGAAAAAUGACGACAAGAGAGGCGUCGUCACGGCAGCCAGGAGUCAUUUGGUCCAGCACGCAGACCCGCUGACCACCUUCAUGAUGCUAAGGUCGCAGCAGGCAUCCACUGCAGCACCAGAGGAGGAACAAGAAAAACAAAGGUCUCCCGUGGUGCACCCAACUCCAAAGCAGACAGGCAAAGCGGACAGGAAGUCCACCACCCCCACCAUCACUACAGUCACCCUCUCCAUCUCUCCUGCUGCAGUGUCAGGACACGCAUUCAGAGGGCAGAGCACCACCGCCACCACUGCCCAUGAUGCACUUAGCAGCAGGGUGGUUCAAGUUAAAGCCAUUGACAGUCAGUGUCAGGCCUACAGUGAGCUGCUGUCCUUGGCUUGCCCUCGUCUGUCCUCUGCCAAAGAGCUGGGCCUCAACCUCCCCGCCUGGAGCGACUUUAAGCAUUUGACCCCGGAUCAGACGCGCUAUGUGCUCAAACAGCGGGAGAUGGCGAUGUGCAGGAGGACGCUAGCAGAGAAAGGAGAUGAGGAGCGACUGUUCCACCACGUUUUUGUGAUCCAUAUGCUGGUUACAGCAAGGGAGCUCCUGUUCAAAUGUCACCUGAGUGCUGCUGUGGAGUACCUGAGCAAGGCAUCAGAGACAUGCUUCGACACGGGUCUGACUCAGCUGCUGAGAAGGCUGCACAUCAUCUUACAUCUCGGGCGCAGGAACCACGAGUGUGACGUAAAAUUGCUGGAGCUGCAGAAGCUGGUGGUGGCGCGUCAGCACAACGACAAAAUUCUUGUAAUCACAUCGCUUAAUUGUGACAACAACAUGUCCACAAUCAUGGAAAGCUUGAAACAACUGAUAGCUGUAAGUGUAGUUCGCCCCGAUGACGACAACAGCAAACUGAACGGUGCCAGAGUUGUCAGCAGUAUUCAAGACAUUGGGUGCGUGUUGGUGUACGGGCAGCAUCUGGGCCCGGACUUCCCAUGGAAUCUUUUCUCCCUGGUGGUGGAGUACGACCAUGCCGGCCCAUCUCCGUGGGCAACCGUAUGCAAAGAGAGGAGAGUGCAGCACCUCACUUUUGACACCGUCCUCCCUGGCGGAGGUCAGCAUAAGAUGGAGCAUGAGGAUACUCUGGCGGACAAGGUGGGGUACGUGUUGUUGGUAACGGAGUCGCUCCUCAACUCUACAUUGUUGCUGCAGGCCAUGGAGUCCAUGUUUAACAUAACACUCCUGGUAAGGAGCCACUGUCCAUCCUUGCAGAAGCUGGGCGUCACCAAUCACUACUCUGUUAUCACUGUGGAUGAGACCACUGCCAUAGUUGUACAGGAGCAGGAGGAGCUUUGUGAGGAGAAAGCCAGCGAGGUGAUUGUGAUGAGGCUCACCGCUCUGUCACUGCAGUAUAACAACUGUUGGAUCAUACUGCACUGCCCCGACAGCAAGGGGGGAGGGUUCUCUGGUGAAGCCUUUAGCAACUUGGUGGUGGUCUACUCGUCACUGGUGCUCUUCGGCAUGAAGCCAGAAGACCUGGAUGUCAAGGUCUUGAUUGCGUCGGAUGUGUUGGAAGUGGCCCGUUGGGUCAGCCGGAUCUGCUUCCUUAACCUGAUGUCCAGUGAUCGGAAUCCCGUCAAUUACCUGGAGCGAGAAUGGCUGGCCGUCACGUCCUCACAGGAGGAGCACCACCUGUGCAACUUUCCCUGCGUCAACCCCCUGGUGGCUCAGCUCAUGCUCAGGAGGGCCCCCUCUUUAUCGUGGCUCCUGACUGCCUCGCUGACACAGUUGGAGGAGAUGUUGCCCGAGGUACCAAGCAAGGUGCUGAAGCUCUUUAGCAACACUACUUCCCUAUAUGAAGCUCAGCCAGCUCAGUCGGUUCCAGCUCAUUUGAGUCCAGCCCAGUCACUUCCAGCCCUGCCAGUUCUUCCCCAGUCGGGUCCGGUCCAGGUGGGCCAAGUAUAUCCGCUCGCUUCUUCUCCUCCUCCUCCUCCUCCUCUACCCGAGCUCACCAACCCCAGUUCAGAACCAUUUCCAAGCUUCAACCCUAGCUUCCUGUUGGCCCCCGAGAGCGAGGAUAUAAGCUUCUACUCUCAAGAAGACGCCACCGAUUUUGUCUAUGAUGACGCAUGGCCCGCCAAAAGCCCGGAUCUUAGCAGCCGGGGCCUACCCAGUCAGUGGAAGGACAGAAAUGACCAGGAAGUGAUGUUAACUGGUCGCAGGGGCCGAGCGGGAGCAGCGGGGAGGGUAGUUGAAAGGGGAAGCGGCAAGUGGUCACGACAAGAUUUGGGAUCCUUGGAUGCCACCUUCAGGUCCCUCAAUCUGCCUUCACAAGGCCCGCUGUGGAGAGGAAGCCCGGCUUUUAGAGGUUCACACCUCAGAGGGAGAAUGUCCACUAACUAUGGAUCAAGAUACUGGAUGGGACAAGAGAGGAAGAGGAGUGAAAAUGUGGCCGGCUUAACCGGAACAGCGGUGAUUCCUCUGAAGAAAAGCAGGCUGAGCUACGAGAAAGUGCCCGGACAGACAGACGGACAGACCAGACUGAAACUCUUUUAGCAACAAAUUCUGUUCAUGUCAAGUUCACGAUUUACACAUAUUUGACAUGUGCACUUGUCAUGUUUGCAAAAAAAGUAUUAAUGACAGCGUUGCAGUAUUUAAACAUUGAUCUACUUCGAUCAUA